AUGCGCAAGGUCAAGUGCGAUGAAGCCAAACCCGAAUGCAGGAACUGCGUGGGUCGCGGUCUGAUCUGUACCCACGAGGUGCAGCUGAAGUGGCACGCCGAGUUUGAGACCCGGGGAGUAGCCUUUGGACGGCAGGGAGUGUGGACCAAGAAGCCCGAACGGAAGAGCCGGAAUCCACAGCCCCGGUCGGAUCUUGACAACGCCUCCGUUCAAUGGUGUUGCGUCCCUUGGAUCCAGCCACAUCACUUCCUCAAUACUCUCUACUCCGACUUUGAGCACAGAACAGAUGGCGAGGCCCAAGCAAUUACCGACAUCGGAGACGAAGUCAGUGUCGCGAGUCUGGAGCUAGUGUCUCUUUCUCCCAGAUCACCACUGCAGACGGGACUGACCCCAAGCCCGUCAUCUUUCCCUAGUAUCGGGGGCAUCGAUUUCAGCUUACUCGACUACUACCUCUACAAGAUCUGUCCAUUGACGACGGCAUCCCGAUCUAUUACCUCCCCAUUUGCCACGCUUGUUCUUCCCAUGGUUAGCACCCCCGGCCAGGAAGAUGUCUUGCAAUCUGUACUCGCUCUUGCUGCCUGCCACAGAAGUGCAAGUGGGCCACACUGGACUCAGACAGCACUGAAACUGAAGGGUUCGGUUCUUACCUCCCUAAGGCGCCGGCUAGCUUCACAUUACGAUUUGGCGACCUUCCAACAGGACCCCCAGAUACUGGUCAUCAUGAUGUUCUUGUGUCUCUAUGAGAUAGUCGACAAGUGUGAUCAUCGAUGGGUCAUCCACCUAAAGGCAAGCCAGGACAUUAUGCAAAGAGCAAGGAACUCAGGAACAUCACUCGCUGCCCGCAGCAGCAACGAGCUGAUGUCCUUUACUGAGCGGUUCUUCGCCUUUCAGGAUGUCAUCAGCAGAACUGCCUGCGGGAAUUCCGCCUUAUUUGAUGCUGAAUACUGGGAGACUACAGACUGCCAGUUUCAAGUCGACUCUUGGAUGAGCUGUAGUCCUGAACUUGCAGGUAUCAUCUGCCGCACCACUGAGAUUGGCAGAGAGAAAAUGGCCGGAAACAUAUCAGCUGAAUUGCUCACAGAACAUGGGAAUGCACUGCAAAGCAGACUCAACUCCAUAGCAUCCAGGUCUAUGGACAGGGAGGACGAGGGCUUGGCCUUCACGGCCGAGCUCAAGCGGAUGUCUGUUCUUCUCUACAUGCAUUGCGUUCUUCACGAUACAUCCCCAACCACGCCACUGGUGGUCGACCUCGUACGGCGAAUUCUUCAUGGGGUAAAUACACUCUUGGAAAGUGGGAGUCUCGCAGGAGUCGCCUUCUCCGUCUUCGUCGCAGCAGUAGAACUGGACACGGCGGAUGAAGAACUAUUCACUGACUCAAAUACCGGGGAGCCAGUCUACGGCAGACGACUCGUGUUGGAAGUAUUGGACGCCAUGUCCAGGCACUCUCUAUCCAACGUGUCGAGGACGCGGGCAGUCAUCCGAAAAGUCUGGCGUCUCCGGGACAUGCACGCCGAAAGCGAUUCACUCCAAUACUCGGCUCAACAUUAUCUUUCCGGAGCUGGCCAGCUAAAUGAUUGGAACUUCUUCGUCGCUCCGAAUAGCUCCAAUAUCAGCCUAGCCUGA